AUGUUGGCAAGAUCCUGCCUGCGCUCGACGCGCAUUCUCAGCGGUGCCCGGAAUGGCGCCUCCAGCUUCGCCAAGCGAUCCGCCUCGACAUCGAGCUCCUCCGCCUCUGCCGAGACCCCGACCCGCCUGAACUUCGCCGCCGCUGCUUCGACCGCCGUGGCCAUUGGUUCCGUGGCGUGGUACUACCACCUCUACGGACCUACCGCACAUGCCAUGACGCCUGCUGAGGAAGGUCUGCACCCCACACAGUACCCCUGGGUUCACGAGCAAUGGACCAAGACCUUUGACCACCAAGCUCUCCGCCGUGGUUUCCAGGUCUACCAGGAAGUUUGCGCUGCCUGCCACUCGCUCAGCCGUGUCCCCUACCGAACUCUCGUCGGUACUAUCCUGACUGUCGACGAGGCAAAGGAGCUGGCCGAGCAGAACGAGUACGACACUGAGCCCAACGAUGAGGGUGAGAUUGAGAAGCGACCUGGAAAGCUUUCCGACUACAUUCCUGCUCCCUACAAGAACGACGAGGCUGCCCGAGCUGCCAACAACGGUGCUCUGCCCCCGGAUCUGAGCUUGAUCGUCAAGGGUCGCCACGGUGGCUGCAACUACAUCUUCAGCUUGUUGACUGGUUACCCCGAGGAGCCCCCGGCUGGUGCUCAGGUCCAGUCUGGCCUCAACUUCAACCCCUACUUCCCCGGUACCGGUAUUGCCAUGGCCCGUGUUCUGUACGAUGGCCUGGUUGAGUACGAGGACGAGACUCCUGCUUCGACUUCGCAAAUGGCCAAGGAUGUCACCGAAUUCCUCAACUGGGCCGCCGAGCCCGAGAUGGACGACCGUAAGAAGAUGGGUGUAAAGGUGCUGACCGUCACCGCGGUCCUUACUGCUCUCAGCAUCUGGGUGAAGCGAUACAAGUGGUCUCCGAUCAAGUCGAGGAAGACUGUGUACGACCCUCCCAAGGCUGGCAGAAACAUGCGCCUCUAG